UCCGGUUCAGUCAGCCGCAGUUCGGUGCGAGCAGAUGAACCGCAAGGUCGCCGGUGUGGCGGAGUCCCAGCCGCAGGUAGCCGGCCGCACGCGGCUGGUGUUGGGUUGCCUCCUGAUUGUCGCUGUGCUCGCCGUUGUGGUUCCCGUGUACUACUGGCUGACUACGGACCCUCCUUCCACGGGCGUGUGCAGUGUGGACCUCAGCAUCCCUCUCAGAGGCCGUGUACAACCUAACGGUUCCAUCGUGGACCAAGGUGAGGUCUUCCCCAAGGGGUACCACUUCCAGAAGAACGGAACCACCCUGGGGUGUCUGUGUGCUCUGAAGUCCUGCAUUCGAAAAUGUUGUCCUCUUGAUGAGACAUUCUUCUCCCCGAAUGGCCGUUCUUCAUUCGACUGUGUAAAAAUUCCAAGUGCAUCCCAGUUCUUCAAGUUCUCUUCCGUCGUCCACAACAGUGCCGUAGAGAUGGUGAACGUGACGAAAAAUCAUUUUGGGGUUCUCUUCGGCGACGCCUGUCACCACGGCAAGUUCUGGCUAGACCCUUCCGCAUCACCUGCUGACAAAACCUAUUUGAUGAUGGACGGCAGGAUCCUCCUUUACGGUAGAAACCACGAAGAAAUUUACUUUGAUGCGUCAAAAUACUGUCUAGAAUCAGUGAACGGGUCCGAAGUUAUUUACACCUUUUUGUGCGUCCAGCCUGUGGAAGACGCUCAAACCAAGGCUAAGUACAUCUUCUACCCCAUCGGCAUGUUGCUCUCCAUACCGUUCUUGUUCGCCACAUUCAUCGUAUACGCGAUCAUCCCUGAUCUCCACGGCAACCCCCACGGGAAGUCUAUCAUGAGCCACAUACUGAGUCUCCUCACCGGAUAUGUAACUUUAACUGUUAUCCAGCUUAUGGGAAAGAACAUGCCUGGUUUUUGGUGUUUCUCACUUGCGUUCGUGAUCCAAUUCUCCUUCCUGGCGACUUUCUUCUGGCUAAAUGUCAUGUGUUUUGACAUUUGGUGGGUUUUUAGUGGUCUAAGACCUCUCAGAGGCUCCGUGAAGGAACGAGAACACAAGAAGUUCAUCUUGUACUCGCUGUACGCCUGGGGCUGUCCUCUGGUCAUCUUCGUCAUCACUUUGGUCAUAGAACUUGUACCUUCAAUUCCCAAAUCCUUUAUCAAGCCGCAGUUUGGCGUCGACAAGUGCUGGUUCAAGACUUCAGAAGCGCUAGUGUUAUACUUCUACUUGCCUAUCGGAGUCCUGGUUCUGCUUAACAUCGCGAUGUUUGUGACGACUGCAUUUCGACUUCGCAUGCACACACGUGACACCAAGGUCCUCCAAACCAGCGAGAGCCGCAGGAACGACGAGGCGGAAAGGCAGAGGUUCAACUUGUACCUGAAACUCUUCAUCGUGAUGGGGAUCAACUGGGUCAUGGAGUUGGUCUCGUUUGUGGUCGGAGGUCCAAAGUCCAUCUGGUUUGUGACUGAUCUGGGAAACACGCUACAGGGACUCCUGAUCUUCUUGAUCUUUGUGUGCAAGCGGCGCAUCCUACGACUGCUGAACCAGAAGCUCUGCCCCCGCUGGGAGCUCGUGGCUCCCACAGCCUCCUCUCGCUCUAAGACAGAAAAGCAAGAGUCAGCAAAGACUAACAGUACUAAGAGUACUAAAUGAUGUAAGUUUAGCUGUUUUCAGUCUGCAGUGAAGGCUAGUGCAUGAAAAUGGUUAAAGGAAGGAUCUGUGAUAAUUUCACCAAAGUAGUCUAAAACUAGGAUGGCAGAAAUGACCAAUUUGUAAUUUCACCAUGUACUGACUUACUAACUUGACAUAAAGAUAGCCUGGCUUACUAAAUGUGUGUGCUUUGUACUAAAUGUAUUUAUUUCCUCGUUUAAAAUUGUUGGCAGCAUAGCUGUAACACAUUGUUAAACACAUAAAACUGCUUGUUGGACUGUAGUUAGCCUAUGUUGUGACUAGAGCAUCAUUAUAUUUUGUAAUAGAUGCAUGAACAAUGUUUUUAUAUUUCUAGUUUUUAUAUUAACAAUGACGAUUUUUGCUUGUAUGUUUAUAUCCAUAGAUUAGCAUUUUGUGUCAUUUGUACUUGUGUGUUGCAUGUAUAUCUAAUAGCAUCUUAUAUUUAUUAGUGUUAAUUACUGAAAUAUCUUUCUCAGUUUUAAAUUUAAAUAUGGCACUACUUUAAUUUAUGUUAUAUUUACAUUUAAAUUAAUUUAUGUUAUAAAAUACGGUAUUAAAUAAUUAUAAAGAAUGUAUGAACUAUGGAUAGACAAGUAAUAUAAAAGACUAUAAAUUUAUAUUGGCUGAAUUACUUAGUGUUUUUUUACAUUCAGUGUAUACCUACUGAAAUUUUAAUUGCAGUUUUUACUAUACUAUUUCUUUCCACAGUAUAGUAAAUAAGCAAUAUUGUUUAAUCAGAAUAGCCAAAAUUUUUUAAUUUAAAAAAUAUUUUGGCUAGUAUUCGAAUAUUGCUUAAAUUACAUCACAUUUGUCAACGUUUUUUACAUUUAUGAGUAAAGAUUUGACAUAACCAGAUUCAUAAUAAAGUAGUCUUUAAGGGUCAAUGAUAUACAUAAUACAGUACAUAUUUGAUUAUCACAUUCUCAAUUCCAGCUAUUUACUCCCAUUUUUACAAGUGUUUUCCAAUAUUCGUGACAUUCCUAUUCUCCUAUUGCAUUUAAUAGUUACAUGGUAUAGUACAAUAGUAUCCAAUAUUAUUAUGCAAGACUAACUAACUGAAUUUGCAAAAUGCGAAUUUGUGAUGCAAAAAUUAACAUUUCAAUAAGGAUUAUCAAUCAAAUCACAAUGUUAUUGUAUCAAACAACAAUCUUAAUUCACUUGCCUUGACAAUCAUUCUUAACUUAUUUAUUCUGAAAAAUGCACGUUAUUUUAUUCCAUUUCAAAAUUAACGAACUUAUAUUUCUAUUGUCAUAAUAUUGUUAUAGGUAAGGUAUUGUCUUUCUUAGAACCUAAAAUAAGCCCUCAGACUGUAUAAAAGAGGGUUAAUGUAAGUGUAAUAAAAUUAAUGAUGUUUAUUUAGAAUGCGCUCUUACAUUAGAAUUAAGAAAAUGCAUAUUUCUGUAUGACAUCAACAAUGGUUUUCUUGAGCCUUUGUUAUAUUCCAACUGUGACUGAAUAUUUUUAUAAACUCAUUUUAAUUCUUUCUAUAUUCACUGAUUGUUUCUCAGAUCACAUGGUGCACACAUUUUUAAGCUUGCAAAAUACUUCUUUGCAUUUGCUGUGCCCGAAUCAGAAUUGUAUGCAUGAUCUGAACUUGGAAUUAACCAAACAAUGUGGAGUUCAACCACUUUAAUUUCAAAAUAUUUGAAGUUUUACAUCCAAGUACGGGAAGAAUAAGCUUAUUUUAUUCAUCAAACAUGUACGGAAAGUAUUCUCAGCCCCAAAAAUAUAUUACAUUGUCAUUCUGGGUACUUUUGCACAACUUUUGUAACACAACUAUUUGCACCACGAUACAGAUAGCAUUAUAGCUCGUAUUUGCAUAAACAUAUUAGUUACAUAAUACAUAUUAACCGUAGUUGCAUAGGUCUAUGUUACUGACACCAAAAUUUGUGAUGCCACUUCCAUGUAUAUAUUGCAUAUAAAUUAAGCUUCCUAAAACUUAGGCGUUUUCCUCGGAAUUACUCCUGCUUCAGAAACUUCUGGAAGUUAUCAUCAUACUUUUUCCAAGACAUUGUUUUCUUUUUUAAUUGCCUUAUUUUAGAACUUGUUACAAUUUAUUUUACAUAAUAGUACUGUUUUUCGGAUAUUUUGAUAUUUACACAUUAUUUGUUUUUGUGAAAUUAUGACAUUAAAAUUUCACACUAGUAAUUUCUAAAUUUUUAAGGAUUGUCGGUGAUGAUAUUGCAUUUAAAACUUAUUCAUCUCUGUUAUCUUAACAUGUUAGGAAUACAUUUCUAGUCAUAAGCUUAAUCUUUUUACUGUUACACAACAUAAAAUAGUAACCGUUCUUUGCCAUUACUAGGAAUCAGUUAAAUAUUUAGUUACCAAAUAAUCUUCUUGCCUGUUUGUUCAUAUUACAAUAGGGUAGCUUUUAGCUCUGAAGUAGCUGUAGAAUAUUUACUGGUAAGUUUUGGCUUUUAUAUGUCUUUGAUGUUUUAUAAAUAAAGAAACAUGAAAACGC